AUGAACGCCGCACAGACUGGAAUCGAGAACCUCGAUCUUGAAAAGCUCAACGAUAAGGAUAAGACGGAGCUGCGCCAGUUUCUUGCGAAUGAGCAGCAGCGGUCGCAGAUUCAAGCCCGUACGUCUAUGAUUGCUAGGGAGCUGGGAAUGAUUUGCUGGAAAAAGUGCGUGACUGGGAACAUCAAGGGCGCGAAGCUGGACAAGGGCGAGGAAGGGUGUUUGGCGAAUUGCGUGGAUCGGUUUUUGGAUAUUAACUUCUUGACGAUGAAGCAUUUGAAUAACAUGCGGUCAUGA